UCCUCCAAUGAGAUAGCGGAUAGCGGCUUGUUGUGUUGUCUGCAGAUGUGCUGAUCUGCUACCAGCUGUUGAUGUUGUGUUGUCAUUAUUUUUAUUUUUAUUAUUCAAGAACCAAGAAUUCAAGUCUCAACUCAACUCAAUUGACGAUUCGACGAUUGAUUGACGCACUGAAAUAGAAAUGUCAACAGAGUGACCUGUAAACAAUUGUGAAGGUUUUAAGAAAAAUGCUUUUAAAUAUAAAUGUAAUGAGAGUCAUUAGGGCUGCCAGAAAUUAUUGUUCAAAAAAUGUAGGGCUAAGUGAUAAAAAGCAGACAAUUGAGGAGAAGGUUGCAGGGAUGUCAGCUCAAGAACUAGUGAGAAACGUCAUUAAAGUAUCAGACUGGAAUAAGAGGCUCUUAGUGUUUUCUGGACGGUACAAAUCUAUGAAGGAUGUUCCCGAUCACUUACCGUUCGGUACAGUGGACAAGGAACGUAACAGAGUUAGAAUCAAGGUAGCUAACUACAUGAUGAUUGCGACUGUUUUUGGCUGCUUAUUCACCGCCUGGAGCGGUAGGAAGGCUGCAGAAUCUGGCGAUUCUGUGGAAAAACGACAACUGGACUGGCACAAAGAAUACAAUGAGAAGGCGAAGAAAGAAGAAGCUGCUAAGACUGCCUAGAGAUACUAACUUGUAGAUAUUACUGUAAUAUACAAUCACUCAUAUUACCAUUUAUAUUUGUAUAGUGAUUUACCAGAUAUUUUUGCAUGGUUUGUUUUCAAUGUACCUAAUUAAAUACAUAUAUGUA